AUGACACGGUCCAAAAGGCAUUUUCGGCUCCUACAAAUAGCGACACUCCCCAGCCCUGUAAUUGCCAUCAGCCAAAGCCAAUCCACAGCAUCCUCAAACAUCACCUUCAUAAUCCUUUUUACUCCUCCUUGGCUUGCAACUGGCAGCCCAGUGGUCUCUGCCUGUAGCAGACCUCUGUUGGAUGCUGUUGUUUGCUUGAGAGCUUCUCUAGUCUGUAGUGCAUCAUCAGACGGUGAAGAUGUCCACUUGUGUAAGCAGCAAGAGCAGCUUCAACUACUAUCUUCUAUAAAAGUUGAAGAAGAGGCACCAAGAGUCACCAUUGAGAAGCAAGGUAUAGUGUCCAUUCUUGGAUCAGACUCUGAAACAACCAAAGCAGCAGCUUCUUUGAGAAGAACUCUUUCAGCUGAUAUGUCCUCAAAGAAAUGGUUAGCUCAAAAUGGCUUCACCAGCUCUAGCCCCAUGAAGAAGAUUGCAUCAUCUGAGAAACUAGCACUUUCAGCCGCUGAUCAUCAUCAUUCGCCUGCACAAGAUGACGUAUGGAUGUCAAUUCAGUCACAUAAAGAGAAAAAGCAGCAGCCAGAUGUGUGGAGUUGGGGCUCAAUUCUUUCCCAAAAGAAUGAGGACUCAUCCAAACUUCCACCCCCUUAUGUUCAUCCUUUAGUAAAAAGAUCUGCUAGCUCUUUGAGUGAAAAAAGCCUCGAAAUUUGCACAGAAAGUCUUGGCUCUGAGACUGGCUCUGAUGGCUUUUCCUCGUACCCGCCUUCUGAAGUAGGCGAUGUAGAUGAGGAAAAAGAUAACGACCAACACAACCACAACAACCACAUACCGCAGUCCUACGAGGACAUGCGAAUUGCAAAGUAUCAUUACUCUAUUUCCAGUAGGAAAUCAGGGCCUCGGUCCUUCCCUCCUCCUCUUCCUUCAUUGGCUCGCGAAGAUAGAGCCUCAGUUCACAUGCAGUCUCACAGAGAAAAUGGUAGGUUAGUUCUUGAAGCUGUUUCUGUCCCUCCACAAAACUAUUUCCAGGCUCAACGCGAAGAUGGCCGCCUUCGCCUCACUUUCAUCAUACUCCUUCCUCACAAGAAGAAGAAAUGGAGGAUGAUAAGAAAAUGGGGGUCCAAAUUUGAUGAUCCAAGUGAUAAAGGCCAUGAAGAAGAUGAAGAAGAAGAGGAGGAAGUAGUAGUAGUAGUAGAAGAAGAAGAUGAUGAUGAUGAUGAGAAAGUUUUUGAGAAAGAAAAAGGAAGAAGAGAAGUGGAGAUUGUGAUGGAGCAAAACUCAAGAUUGCCAGGUGGAUUGAUGGAUGUGCACAAACCAACAUUGAUGAUGAAAAAGCUAAUGGGACUAGACAAAAAGAAUCUAGCAUGGGCUCCAAGGUUCAACAAAGCUGUCAACUUGGGGGAGGUGGAGGUGGAGUUGGAGGACGCGUUUGCUACUCCACCACUUCCUCAGUCACUUCCAGUUCCACCACCACCGCGGGUGGCUCGACUGAUCUCAGCCCCACCGGCAACCACAGCAGCUACAUCUUUCAAUGCUUAUGAAUACUUCUGGAAAGAGAAGCCCACAAUGCAACCAGAACAAGUCAUUCUAGCCAGUCAUGGCAGCUUGAAGGGAUAUGAGCAGCAAAAUCUUGUGCUCAUGAGAGGAAACAAGGCAGAAUACUUGGUUCCUUUGUUCAGAGGAUGCAAAGAAUCAAGAGCAAGAUCUCUAUUACUUUGUGAGCCUAAUUGCAUUGCUACCUCCUCAUGAUCCACAACCACAAUCGAUACCACAGUGCUUCAUCAACCACUUUUUUUUUAAUUUUCUUAUAUAAUUCCUCUACGUAAAAUGUUAUCUGCUACUUGUCCCUCUUUGUAUUAGUAGUACUUUUUACUCUGAGAAAGAGUUAUGUGUAGUAAAAUAAUAUUGGAAAAAGGGGGAGAAAUUACUUGUUUGGAUUUAGAGGAUUUAUGGAAGAAAAAUGUGAGAGUACUACAUAAAUUUUUAUUACUCCGUACACUUUUUUAGUCGCAGUAGUACUACUACUCUGUUAUCUAACAAAAUCUUACCACUAUCUUUGACUUGGUGGUGUGUCUUGUCUGUCUCUGCAUCAUAAUGGAAUAACCUUCUUUUACAUCA